GAAGAGGCGUUCGCUUCCCUCGAGCGGCUUCGGAGGGGAGGCCGGGGAGGGACCCCUCCGUCCGCGGUUGCUUGGCUCGGCUGUGCGCUCUCCGGCCCGGGACCAGGAGGCUCCGGGCCGCGCUGCGCCCGCCCGGCUGCUGGCGACCCCCGGGGGCGGGGCGGGGCGGGGCUGGGAUACCCGACGGCUGUCCGGGCCUGCCCUCCUUCCGCGUCCGUCCCCAGAGCCAUGGAUGUGCCAAGCGCCGGGGAGCAGGAGCCGGGCGCCGGCGCCCCCCGCGAGAACAUCGAUCUGUCCCUGGAUGACAUCAUCAAGCGUAACCAGAAGGGGCAGAAGCAGCUGAAGAACAGGAACCGGUGGAGGCAGCCACUGAAGAACAGGAGCCCUGCCCCGGGCAACAGGAGGCCCCGAUUCCCAAGCUGGGUCCCGCCAGCCCUGCCAGGAUCUAGUAGAUUUCCCAGAGGAUUUAGGAAGCCACAAUGGACCCAGAAGCCUUUCUGGAGUGGGACGAGUGGCCCAGGGCCCAGAGCAGCUGGGCAGAUGCAGGGCAGGAGCCCCCUCAACCGGGCAGCCUUUGCCCAGCAGGAUGAGGCGGGGAAAGCUGCCCCGGGCAGGAACUGCGAUGCAGCCCCCGCUGGUCCCCCGCCAGAAGCGCCGGCAAGAGCUGAAGCCUUCAAAGCUGCAGGGCCGCCUCUGCCAUUUCGGAGGCCCUUCCAAUUAAACCGAAGACCGGCUUUCCUCCACAGCCAGUCCAGGUUCAGCUUCAACAAACGGCAAAUCAAGUCCAAAAUGGAGGGGAAACUUUUGAGGAUGAGAAGGUGGCAAUCGCAGCCCAGUUCUGGGGCCGUCCUGACCGUCUCUGUGUCUAACCCCCAGGCCAGGCACUCCAAGGGGCCGGGACCCAGGCGCCCCUUCCCGAGAAGGAGAAACAGCCAGACCCCACAGCCCCACCGCCAGCCAAGAGGAGUGCCUCUAAGAUUCAACUUCCGUGCUAUGGCUAACCAGACCAGCGUGACCCUGAACGAGCGAUUCUCUGGGCUGAGGCACAAAUGCCAUUUCGUGGCAGGACACGUCACAAGCCGGAUGGUCACUCUGCCGUAACCCUCUCCCUUGGGUGGAAUCAGGCCAAAGCAGGAAAGGGGUCAGCCCUCAAAGGCCACCAAUUGUCUGAGCCUGCCUUUCACCAACUGCAGCUUGGGAGGAGUUUUCUCAGUGGAGAUUGUGACCUCCAGAGGUCUUGCUUUCACCUGAGCAGUGUCUGAGUUUUAGACUGACUAAGCCAUUCUCAGGAGGCACCUGCCGAGAAAGAUCUGCAGCUCUUGGUCUUCCCUGGGAGAAGGCUUUGUCCUCAGCAUUUGGUAUCUACAUCUCUGCCUCUUCACUGCCUCAUGUGGCUGGGAAGGAAAGAGCAAGUCCAUUGUUACCAGCCAGGGCCACCGUUGUGAGUCAACUGAACCUGGAAUUAAUACUUCUCUUUGUUUAUUUCUUUGGCCUGAAAAGCACUUUUACAGACCUGGGGUGGGGCAGUGACAUCACCUCUGUCAUGCAAUCAUUGUGUGUCAUGUUCGCCGUUUCAAUGUCUUUGAUGCAUCGUAACGUUUCGCAUGUCAUUAAUUGGAUGCGUGUUUCAUCUUUCUCGGGAGGAUGGGAACGGUUAUCUUUUGGCUUUGCUUUGGAAUGUAUUUGUAUUAUCUACUGCGCUCAAGGUUACUUUCCCGGCAUGAUGUAAAUUGUGCAAUUUAUGUAAUUCACAUCCUUGGGGUGAUGAAGUCAUGAUGUCUGACAUCAUCACUGUGUCUACUGGAUGCAUAAUUUAUUUGGAGGAUUGUGUCAAGCUCUAGCAAAUGGAAUAAAGCUACUUUAGAACCUGAA